CAUGAACACCAGAAGAGCAACAGAGAUAAUCCAGAGUUCAGGUUGGGUCGGGUCUCCAGCAGGCAGCUUUCUUCCACCUUGUUGUUCUUAAGUAUUUUCUUGGAUUUCUGACCAAAAGAACAGAGAGAAAAAUGGGGGUAGAAGCUCUGCUCCUUCUCUGCCUCCUCUUCACCUUGCUCUUGUUCUCCUUCAAAAUGUACAAGAAGAAAGCCCAACUACCUCCAGGGCCCACUCCUUGGUUUCUUCUGGGCAAUCUUCUGCAGAAAAACGUCCUGCCUCUGAGCAGAAACUAUGCAAAGCUCUUUGAUAAAUGGGGUCCUAUCUUUACCGUCUGGCUGGGUCCCAAGCCCAUGGUGGUACUCUGUGGAUAUGAAGUGGUGAAAGAUGCUCUGUUGGAUCAUGCUGAAGAAUUUGGUGGGCGUCCUGCCUUGCCCUUCAGUGAUGCAGUGAACCAUUAUAAAGGACUGUCCAGCAGAUCUUUGAAAAAAUGGAGAGAGCUGCGCAGGUUCACACUCACCACCCUGCGAGAUUUUGGAAUGGGGAAGAAAACAAUGUCCAAGAGGGUGCAGGAGGAAGCUCUCAGUCUGGUGGAGGCAAUGGCAACCGCAAAAGGGAAGGCCUUUGAUCUAAGAAAAUACAUGAGAAUUGCUGUUUCUAAUGUGCUCUGUUCUGUUGUCUUUGGGAGUCGCUUUGACUACACAGAUCAGGUCCUCUGGGAGAUGUUGCGUAUCAUAGAGGAUUUCGUGAGCUACUUUGCGAGUUAUAUGGGACAGAUUUAUAAUGUGUUCCCAAAAAUAAUGCCUUACCUGCCUGGACAGCACAAAAAGAUUUUUGGAGAUUUUGAAAAAAUGUAUGCUUACAUCAAUGAGAGGGUGGAAUCCCACAGGGAGACCCUGGAUUAUCAGGACCCCCGGGACUAUAUUGACUGCUUCCUUAUGAAGUCAGAGAAGGAACAAACCAAUCAUGAGGCCAUCUACACCCAAGAGGAGCUUAUCAUUUGUGUGCAGGGACUCUUUAUUGCUGGGUCAUUGUCCACAAGCGAAGUUUUGGGCCGUGCCCUCCUGGUGAUGGCUAGAUUGCCACACAUUCAAGAAAAAGUUCAACGGGAGAUUGAUGAGGUGGUAGGUGCCAACCGUAUCCCUGGCAUGGAAGAUAGGGUGAGGAUGCCUUACACCAAUGCUGUUCUCCAUGAGAUUCAACGAUAUGAAAAAGGGAGCCUUGAGAGCUUCCCGCGUGAAACAACAUGUCCUACAAAAUUCCGGGGCUAUCUUAUCCCCCAGGGCACAACCGUCUGUUCAGAGAUUGGAUCUGUGCACUUUGAUCCUCUCCAGUGGGAGAAUCCAGAAGAGUUUGACCCAGGUCAUUUCUUGGAUGAGAAGGGCCAGUUCCGGAACAGGGUUGCCUUCAUGCCUUUUUCUGCAGGAAAACGGGCAUGCCCAGGGGAAGCCCUGGCUCGGAUGGAGCUGUUCCUGUUCUUCAGUGUUCUGCUCCAGAACUUCACCUUCCAGCUGAUUGGAGAUGCCAAAGACAAGGAUAUAUUCACUUUGUAUGAGGAUAGUGGCCUGAAGACAGGAGACUUGCCAUUGAAAUUCACUAGACGUUCAAUAUGAUCCAGUGACAGCAACUAAGCAGAAUGGAUGGUGCCAAUGCUUUUAGAUGCUGGGGAGGGGGGGGGGAGAGAGAUGGGAGAAUCGUACGUUGAAAAUGGUGUCUGUAAGAAUAAAAAAAUUAUUAUAAAUUAUUUUGGAGGUGGUAUUUAACACCAAUGAGAUUAAAUCAAACAAACAAGGAACAUUAGGUGUUAUGUUGGAGGAGAUGCUGGGAAACCGGGAAUUAUGUUCACAUUUCGUGGGGGGGGGGGUAAAUAUGUACAAUUUCUCUGGCAAAAAGGUGUUUAAGGAGAUAACAGAAAUCACUGGGUAAAAGCUGACUGAAAGUCCAGAAGUAGCAUUAUUAUCAAUUUACGAUGGGGUGGAAGGCUAUGAAGGACUUGCUCACAAAUUUAUUGACAGUUGCACAAAUCAUAGUAACUAGGAAGUGGAAGAGGCAAGCAGAAUAUAAAAUGGAAGAAUGGUACAAAGAGGUGUGCGAUAUAGCUAUUAAUGAUAAAUUAACAUAUGCCAUUAAGGUAAGACAGGGAAUAUGAAGGAGAAAUGAUUUUGAAGAGAUAUGGAAGGUGUUUGUAGAAUUUGUACUGUUAAAACGGAAAGGGGUCAAACCAUUGCAAGAGGUGUUGAAAUUUUGGGAGGUUGGAUAGUUACAAUGGAAUGAUCUCAGUACAGUCAUACCUUGGUUUGCGACCGCAAUUUGUUCCGGGGAGCCGGUUGCUCCCCGAGUUCGUAGUAAACCAAGGGGUUCUUCUGCGCGUGUGCAAAGCGCUAAUAGAGUGCUUCUGUGCAUGUUGCGCAGAUCGCUUCUGUGCAUCCACACGCUGCGGAACGCGGAUAUAAACACUUCCGGGUCUGCAGCGGUCGCAAACGGAGGCGGUCGCAAACCAAGGUAUGAAUGUAGUGGGGUACACAUUU